AUUUUAAAGUAUGAAAGCAUAACGUAAAACAAAAAAAAUUUGAUUUGAUGUAUGAACGUCUUUAAGAAAACGAUAAUUUGCUUAGUAUAAAGAAGCACUAUAACUUCAAAAGAAUGAACUGCACAACCUUUCGAUUAUCUAUGUUGAUUUUUAUUUAUACAUUCCGUCGCAUGCUCUUUGGAAGCGCACCUCUUUUAAAAAUAGACGGGGAUGUUAUGAUUGGUGGACUAGUCACUCUUCGUGAUGCCGGUGCUAUAAACAACUUACUAUGCAGUAGUAAUAUAAGUAUGUUUGGCAUAAUGAGAGUAGAAGCAAUGCGUUAUGCAAUCGACAAGAUUAAUAAAAAUCAAACCCUUCUGUAUGGCUUGCAAUUAGGAAUAGAAAUUCGUGACUCUUGCGGUACAGAAACAGUGGCAUUGGAUGAAUCGCUAGAGUUUGUCAAUAACAAGGAAAUUACAUGCAGUAAAAAAAUAAAUAAGACCUUUUUGGGCGUAGUAGGAGAUGGAAUGAGCGUAUCCACUGCUUCUGCAGCAAGUCUUUUAUCACUUUUUAAAAUACCAUUGAUAUCUUAUGGAGCAACAAGUAUUGAACUUUCUGACCAAUCAAAGUAUAGUUUUUUACUUCGAACGGUUCCUGAUGAUUCAUACCAAUCAAUUGCUAUGUUAGAUUUUAUACAAAAAAAAUUGAAUUGGAAAUCAGUAUACGUUCUUUACUCAACUGGAUCAUAUGGAGAAUCCGGAUUUAUGUCACUUUUAAAAGCGAGUGAAAAUUUUACAAUUAGCAUCGUGGAUCAAAAAAAGAUUGUCCCAGCAGCAUCAGUGAAUGAUAUAAAAAAAAUUAUUAAAGAAUUUUUUAGAUAUCAACCAAACAUCACUGGGAUCCUUUGUUUUUGUGAAAUUCCAGACACAAAAAACAUUGUUCAAGCAAUAGAAGAAGAGAACCUUGCCUCACAUUACCGACUAGUUGGCAGUGAUACAUUCAACCAAGUAAGAUUAAAUAACACCGUUAGUUUUUCACUUUAUUACAAUAGCUCAGUAAAAGAAGAUUUUUACUCUAAUUGGUAUUCUUACCUGACUCCUCAUAAUUUUACUAGCGUCGAUUCAUACAACAUUGCAUACAGCAAUAUGUUUAUGAAUUUUUGGAAAUCUGCAUGCCAAGAAAACGUCCGCCGUUUAAAUACAAACUUUAAUUGUAGUGACUAUAACAAUACCUUAUUUAAAUUUUGCCUGGACUCUACUAUUGAAGAAACUUGCCAAAGAGAUGAUAUUUUACCAUACACAAUUGAUGCAAUUUACGCGUACGCGUACGCAAUACGCAACUUAAUUGAAAAAGAUUACAGUGGCAAUGUAACAAAGUUCAAUGAUGAACGACAACAUAUUGAUGAUCACUUAACAGGACGUAUCUUUUUUAAUCAUCUAAAAAAUGUUUCUUUCAAUGGGAGCACAGGAUUUGUAAAGUUUCCAGUUAAUGCCCGUUAUGGAAUUUAUUAUAAUAUUCAUGGGAUAUUAAAACCAAUUGGUAUGUGGCAAUCAAACACAGAAGAACGGUUAAACAUGUUUAAUGAAAACUUAUCUGAUUUUGAAAAAACAUUUUUUAAAUCUAGUUCGUGUCAAAUCCAAUGCAAUACAAGUGAUGGAGAAAAAAAAAAAUUUACUUCCUUAAACAAUUGGUGUUGGAAAUGUGAAAAAUGCGAGUGCAACCAGUUUAUUAAAAACAAUGAAUGUAAAAGUUGUGAAAAAGGAAGUGUACCAAGCGUAAAUCGCGAAUAUUGUGAAGAGCUUCCUUUAAAGGAUAUGCCUAAAGAGUGGUAUUAUAUUAUUUCAACGUUGAGUAUUACAGGUUUUCUGUUUACAUUUGCCACUAUUAUUACAUUUCUAAAACAUAAUUCAACGCCAAUUGUUAGAGCGUCUGGAAGAGAAAUCACGUAUUUAAUUUUAAGCAUAAUUAUGGUUCUGUAUUUGUUGCCUUUUUUUUUGUUAGUUUCGUUAACACCACCAAUGUGUAAAGCAUUUCGAUUUGGAGUUGGAGUAUGCUUUUCAAUAUUAUAUAUAUCUUUGUUCACCAAAACAAAUCGAAUAGCAAGAAUAUUUUCAGGACGUCAAGUACUUUUGUUUGUUUCUCCUCAUUGGCAACUUCUACUAACCUUUUUAUUUCUAUCACCACAGAUAUGCAUUUCAUUGUAUGGUUAUAUACGAAAUAAACACGUUUUUAUUGAUAACUGUUCAAAUCGUUAUAAGAUUUGUAACUGCUAUAAUGACACAAAUGAUUUUUACAUUACAAUUGCAUAUAACUCGGUGUUUAUAGCCGUGACUACGUUUUAUGCUUUUAAAACACGCAAAGUUCCAUCAAACUUCAACGAGUCACGCUACAUUGGAUUUGUUGUGUACAUUUCUAUUGCAAUAUUAUUAACCUUUUUGCCAAUUUUUUUAAGUUCUUCAAUUGAGUUUAAGACAAUUUCAGUAAUGUUAGACACGAUUAUAGUUGCUACAACAUUUCUAAUUGGUCUUUACGGUGUUAAGAUGUAUAUUAUAUUGUUUAGACCAAACAAAAAUAAAAAAGCACGUUCAGUCACGUUCUUUUAUAGUAAAUCCGAAUCUUCAAUUGGAACUGUUGUGAUUGAAGAUAACAAAUAAUUGAACAUGCAAAUGAAACCUCAAAGAUGUUAAUUAAAAUUUAAAUUCAGAAAAAUUGUUUUAAU